AUGGACACGGUGGAGAGAUGGCCAGUGGAAAGUCUGGUCGAUGGAGCUAAGCUCGGUGUUCGUAUGACUGGAGAUUUGGAAUUUCGUGAAGCAGAAAUUUUAUCGAUACGUAUCACACCAGAUCGAAAAUACAGAUUUUAUGUUCAUUAUAUUGAUUGUAAUCGACGGCUGGAUGAAUGGGUUGGUGAGUCGGCGUUAGAUUUAACCAACGUACGCUUUCCACAAAAGGGCGGUAAAGCUCCAAAAAUACAAGUUGAUACAUCUAACAAUUCGCAUACAUCGUCUCCAGACCGUGAAGUGCCUAAAAAAGGUUCAACACGAAAGAGGAAAGUGGUUGGUGAUGCAUCAGAAGUUGUCAAAGCAGAAGAAGCACCUGUGGUACCACGUCCACCAUCACCGUUUCAGGCGGAUAUUAAGGCACCAUCACAACGUGGUUCAAUGUCAAUUAUUGGGCAUAGUGAGGAUGCGUUAACGCGAAUUCGAAACAUUGAAAUGAUUGAAUUAGGACGUUAUCGUAUACAGCCAUGGUACUUUUCGCCUUAUCCACAAGAGCUCACUACGCUCCCUUGCAUUUAUCUUUGCGAAUUUUGCUUGAAAUUCGUCAAAAGUUCCACAUGUCUCAAGCGACAUAUGAUGAAAUGUCAUUUAAAACAUCCACCAGGCAAUGAAAUAUAUCGUUCUGAUAAAUUAUCUUUUUUCGAAAUUGAUGGAAGGAAGAACAAAACGUAUGCUCAAAAUCUUUGUCUCUUGGCAAAGCUCUUUCUGGAUCACAAGACGCUCUAUUAUGAUACCGAUCCCUUCCUGUUCUAUAUUUUAACCGAACAAGACGAUCGUGGUUUUCAUAUCGUUGGAUACUUCUCAAAGGAAAAAGAGUCAGCAGAAGAAUAUAAUGUGGCAUGUAUAUUAGUUUUACCUCCCUAUCAGAAAAAAGGUUAUGGAAGGCUUUUAAUUGAAUUUAGCUAUGAACUUUCAAAAUGUGAGGGAAAGGCUGGAUCACCUGAAAAGCCACUUUCGGAUUUAGGAUUGUUGUCUUAUCGUAGUUUUUGGUCACAAAAAAUCAUUGAAAAACUGGUCCAACAUCGAGAAAGAUGUGAUGAUGGUGAUCAGCUUUAUUUGUCAGUUAAUGAUCUCAGCGAGGAAACAAGCAUACGGAAAGAAGAUAUUAUAUCAACUUUACAACAACUGAACCUAUACAAAUACUACAAAGGACAGUAUGUCAUCGUUUUAAGUAAUGAAUUGUUAGAUGCAUAUCGAAGAAGGCAGCAGAAGCGCCAAGUUCGAAUUGACCCGUCAAAACUUCAUUUUCAACCGAAGGACUGGUCACGAAGGAAAAUAUGA